AUGGAAUCCGAACAACCGCCUUUAGACCCCUCGGACGACCCAAAACCACCAGAAGAACAGCAACAGCAAAGCACGCCGAGAUCAUACGAAUGCAAUUUUUGCAAAAGAGGUUUUACUAAUGCACAAGCAUUAGGAGGUCAUAUGAACAUCCAUCGUAAGGACAAAGCCAAGUUUAAACACUCGUCGGCGUCUUCCAUGACUACGACGCAAACAAAAAGUAUUGUCGAAUCAUCCUCUUCUACUCGUCCACGACUAAGUCCUUCCCCUACCACGACGACGACUGCUAUUAAUCCUUUCUCGAUUUCUCAUCAAGGAAAUUGGUUUUCUCCCCCUAGUACUACUACUACUACACAAGUUGAUCAAAAUACAUCGUCAUCACUCCCUCUUUUUGGACCUCAUCACGAAACGGCGGUUCCAAGAAACAUUCAACAACAUGAAGAACCCCUGUCUCCAGACCGGGAAGCAGUAGACCUUGAGCUAAGAUUGGGACAUGUUGAACCACCACAAGAGCCGGCCGAAUCUUCGUCUGAUAACAAGAGUAAUACAACCACAAGAAAAUUCUUCUGA